AUGUCGGAAAUCGGGAAUUCUACCAUCCGUGAUGGCCAAGAUGGAGUCAAUUUGCGAAUAUCUGCACAAGAUCUCUCUGGACUGGGCUCGGACGUCCAGAAUCUGCUCAAGCAACUUGCUGCUUCGCAACAGGGUCAACAACAAGAGCGGCAGACAACAUAUUGUUCGCAGUCAGAGAUUCCAGCAAACAUUCCAUCAAGAAAUGGUCGGGAGAUGAUUCAACACCCAGCUUCCCUCGCCCCUACUACAGUUCCACCUGCCAGGAAUGGUCACCACCACCUCAUCACGAACAGUUGGCAGCACGAAAUAGCAUUGCAAGAACCGACUGAACUGGCUCUGGACGAUUUCGCUACCCUCAACGCAACGAAGCAUUUUACUGUGCAGAGUUCUUCUUCCCCAGUCGGGAUGAGCUCAUCGUCGAGUCCCGCUGCGAAAGCAAGCCUCCGCCGGCAAACCCUCCCCGGAUCGUCGAGAGUCUCAACCGCUUCAUCAUCAAACUCCCGAAACUCACGAUCCUUAGAGCUUGCACACGCACCUCCCAUCGCCAAUGGGAUCAACUUGAUCAACCCCCGGGAAGUCCUCCCCGACCGAUUUCGGCAAAUCUUUCCCUACGAUCUCUUCAAUGCCGUCCAAUCGAAGUGCUUCGAGGACGUCUAUCAGACAAACGACAAUCUUGUCGUUUCAGCGCCAACUGGCAGUGGGAAGACAGCGAUUCUCGAGCUUUCGAUUUGCAAGCUUGCGCAGCUGAAGGGCGACGAAAUCUAUAAAAUCGUCUAUCUAUGCCCACUGAAGGCUCUCUGCACUGAAAGGGCCAAUGACUGGAGACAGAAAUUUGGAUUGCUGGCCAUAGAAGUUGCAGAGCUGACGGGAGAUACCUCGCAUGCCGAAAUGAGACGCGUCCGUCAGGCCACUAUUAUCAUCACAACUCCAGAGAAAUGGGAUUCAAUUACCAGAAGCUGGUCUGAUCAUCGCAAGCUCCUCGACUUAGUUGAACUAUUCCUCAUCGAUGAGGUACAUCUUCUCAAAGAGCCACGAGGAUCAACUCUCGAGGCUGUGGUGUCCCGCAUGAAGACCCGUGGCGCGAACGUACGCUUCGUCGCUCUCAGCGCAACCGUUCCGAACUCAGACGAUGUUGCACGAUGGCUCGGUAGGGACCACACCAGUUCAGGACUUCCAGCUCGCCGAGCAACGUUCGGAGAAGAAUUUCGCCCCGUGAAGCUGCAGAAGUUUGUGUAUGGUUUCGACAAGAAGACAAAUGAUUACCAAUUCGAUACCUUUUUAACCGAUCAAUUAUAUCCACACAUCGCCAAACAUUCUCAGAAAAAGCCGAUUCUGGUCUUCUGUCAGACCCGUAAGAGCUGCCAGAGCUCAGCAAAGAAAUUGGCUGAGGAGUGGAAUGAGCGCCAGCCCCAAUUAAGGCCGUGGCCUGAGCCCGGGAAACGCAUCCCUGUCAUCAGUCCUGAACUCCAAGAGAUCGUGAGAUAUGGCGUUGCAUUUCAUCACGCUGGUCUCGAUGCGCAAGAUAGACGAGCUAUCGAGCAGGCAUUCCUGGAUGGCCGUCUCAGUGUCAUUUGCUGCACCUCGACUCUCGCUAUGGGAUUGAACCUACCAUGCCAUAUGGUAGUACUCAAAGGUACCACGUCAUACCAAGAAAGUUCAAUCGCCGAGCUCAGCGACUUGGAAAUCAUGCAGAUGCUGGGUCGUGCUGGAAGGCCACAAUUCGGCAACAGCGGUGUUGCUGUAAUUCUCACAAGAGCACGAAACAAGCAACACUACGAGGACAUGGGAUCGGGACAGCAGAUCCUUGAAAGCACGCUCCACCAGAACUUGAUCGAGCAUUUGAAUUCAGAGAUUAAUUUGGGAACCUUCCAGGAUAUCCAAAAGGCCAAGGAGUGGUUGAAUGGAACAUUUCUUGCUGUCCGACUUGACCGCAACCCAAUAUACUACAAACUGACAGAAACGAAUUCUCUCACCUCUCCGCUUGAUGACAGGCUUGAAGAAAUCUGUGAAACAGACAUUUCCAAAUUGCAGCAAGCAGGGCUUGUCACGGAAGAACCAACAUUUCGUUCCACAGAUUAUGGCCGUGCAAUGUCAAGAUACGUAAUACGGUUCAGCUCGAUGCAAAGGAUUUUACAAAUUCCUCAAGGUGCGAAGAUGGAGCAGGUGUUGACAGCUGUGUGUGAAGCAGAUGAAUUCAAGGACUUUCGCUGGAGAACUCACGAACGUGAUGUGUUUCGCGAACUGAACAAGAACCCUUUCAUCGUUUACCCUAUCAAAGAGGCCAUCAACACGAUGGCGCACAGAGUUUCUCUUCUGCUGCAAGCGGCCUUGGGAUGUGUGGACUUGUCUGAUGUACCUGAAGUCGUUCGACGGCAGAUGAUAUUGGACACGGGCCUUCUGUUUGAGAAGAUGCACCGCCUCGUACGCGCGGUUGUCGAAUGCAAGGCGAGUGAUUUGGAUGGAGUCACAUGUCGAACAGCUCUCGAGCUUGCACGGUCGAUGGCAGCCAGAGCCUGGGAAGGGAAGUCUAUGCAACUAACGCAGAUCCCCCAGCUCGGGCCAGUAUUCAUGCGAAAGUUGGUUGCCUCCGGAAUCACAACAGUGCAUGAUUUGGCAAAGGCUGGCACGAGCAACAUCGAAAGAAUACUGAGCCGAAAUCCACCAUUCGGCAAAAAGAUGAUGGAUGAGUUGGCACACUUUCCGCGGCUAACCAUUGAAGCACGUAUUGUGACGAACAAUCCUCAGACUCGUCACUCGCGCAUGCAACCAAUAGCUCGUAUUGACGUGACCCUCGGCUUCUCAAACACUUUGGACAAGUUAAGAUGGCGUGGCAAAAUCCCUUCUGUCACAUUCAUGGCCGAAACCACGGAAGGUGUGCUUGCGCAUUGGUGGAGGGGCUCGAUCAACAAGUUCAAAAAGGAGAACGAUCAUAAAAUGUCGUUGCACUUCGAAGUAGACCUCAGUGAUUUCUUUGAAGAAAUCAUCUGCUACUUUGCAUGCGAAGACAUUGUCGGCACCGUUGUCACUAGAAAGCUCCAGCACGGCCUGCCAGCGUCUGCCUUCCUUCCUAAGCCGAAGGCUACACCACAACCCUUCAGGACGCCUGAUCAAUCCGCAGCUUCUUGGAUGGACGAUGAUAUUGGUGACAAUGACUUAUUGGAGGUCACCAAAGAGAGACAGAGUGAUGGCGAGGAGCGCCUCGCAGUGUCAGACGUCGACUCACAGUGGUCUUUGAUGGAUCGUGACGGGAGUUUCCGCGCCGACAACAAGCUUUCAACACAAGAGGAAAACCUUAGACCUUCUCAAGAAAGCGAAAAGGAGGACAUCCCGUGGCAACCCGUUCAACUUCCCAACGGCAAGUUUAAAUGCAAUCAUCACUGCGCUGAUGCCGGGUUCAAGAUCAGCAGCGGCAAAGCUUGCGCCCAUAGGUGCUGCCGUGAAGGCCUUGAUAAGCCCAGAAAGCCGAAGCGCCUGAGUUUGAAGAGGAAGGCAGAUACUGAGGAGGUUGUUGUUGCUGAUUCAAGAUCGUGGCCGACCUCAGACCCGCCCACCAAAAGAACCAAGACGGCUCUUUCACAGAUGCCAGAGGCCCAAACGUCAAGUCAAAAGCAAGAUUCAUCAAUGGGUACUUUGAGUUGUGCCACUGCAAACAGACAAGACCACAGGUUGAUUGACCUUGACGACUUCGACUUGGAUGGGGAUGGCUUGAUUGAUCUGACUCAGUUCGAAGGCGCUCAUGUGGACGCUCCUCAUAACUCGCAUCGCAGCCAGUACAAACCAAAAAGCUUCACGAGCAAGAAGGAGUUGGCUGAAAAUGAGGCUGGAAUUUUUGAGGGUCUCUCUGACGAUGCAUUGCAGCACAACAUAGGCCCCCCAUUUGGAGAUACGCGCAUUCCCAAUGAUAGCGUUGUCGCUGGCAAAAAGACGAGUCCACUGCAUCCCGAACUUCUGAAAGCUCGGAGCAACAGUACCGACAACUUUUCAGGCGACUCAGUUGUUGAGGGCUUGGAUACGAGUGACUGUGACGGGAAGCCGUCUCGUGAACAAAGCUUCCAAGUGCGCACCACGGGCGCUUCGAAAAGGAGGCUCGAAGACAUCGCGGACAAUCAAUUCCUCGAGGGUGACGAGAAUGGACUCACCUCGAGAGAGUCAUCAUCGACGAGUCCGCCUACGAUGACAAGGUAUCUUAGACAGAUGACUGCCAAAGGUCGUCGCGAAAGCGAAUCCCGAAUCAACGUGGAGCGCCACCGGAAAGCCUUGUCAUACACUUUCAUUGACUUCGAUGAACAUUCUCUCUCACCUGACGAGUGUGGAAUGGCAACUAGGGUUCAGGAAGUCGACAAUCCUCCAUCAUAUGUAUUUUCCACCAAUCUCGAUACUAUCAUCCAGCAAGAGGGCGUCAAGGACGUAAGUGCGCAGUACCCUGAAGAAGACGGCCUUUUCUCAGACAAGUACGCGCUGCCUACGCCACACACAACUUCCUCCAUUCACGAUGCCCUUGUUCAGCAAGAGAGUAUCAUCGAAGUGGAAGGGAAAGAUUCUCAAGAACAGACGUAUAUUUUCUCGGACAAGUAUAUGCUGCCUCCGCCUAAGGAUGCUUUUGGCGAAUGCAGUGUCAUCCCACCGUGCCCCAAUGUGGGGAACCCGCAUGGGACGGGGGAGAUCGACUAUUUCCCCAAGAAUUACAGUCGAUCCGAGAAACCACAGCAAGGAGAUCCAGAAUGGGAGGGGUUUGAGCCAGAUUUCACCGAUGAUUUCCGGGACCUUGUGGAGUUCAUCUAG